AUGGACAGCAACCAUGAGCGAAUGCCAAUUGCGCACAAUGUCCGAAACGUCCUCAAUUCUUUCCGGACCAUUGUGACAUCGCUCAACCAUGGAAUAGAUUAUCUGGAUGAAAAGGUCGAGUUUGGCGGUCUGCGUGAGCUGCCCCUAGCGUUGGAGAAUGAGAACAUCCGCUUCAAGAUGUGGGCUGGGAACCUAGGGGCUCACCAGAGUGGCCCGGCAUCGCUGGAUCAUCGGUUGAGAGAGGCACCCCAUAUACAAGAGCAGGUCCUCUAUCUUCUGCGGGACAUAUUCGAAUCACUAGAGGAUAUAAGAGUCCUGAUGCCACAAAAGGAGCCUCCCAAGGACAGUGCAGAUAUCGAAGAUAAGCCGGACUCUCCUCUUGAGGGUUCAGAUCCAGACAGCGAAGAUAGCUCCACCGAUUCAGACCUGGAUAGUGAUGAGAACACGCCAGAAACAAGACUAUCAACGCUCUGCACCGAUAUCGCCGAGGCUAUUGACUGCCUUCUACGUCUCUCCCUGGCCAUCGCCAAUCCAGCACCGCACGAGAGGUUCCGAAAGCUCGGUGCCGGUCCCGACGAGGACAUAUCAUUCUACGAGGCACAUGACUAUAUCACUCGCCGGCGCCAGUUCUUCAAGUACCGAGAGUCACACCAUGCCAAGCUAGCGGAAGGUCUAGAUCAAGCGACUCAUAAGGAUACAAGUCGGACAGAAGUUGUACCCAACACCGUGGCGUCCUCUCUUCCAGAACACUUCAAGAGGUCUGGGGUGAUUGAUGAGGACAAUCGAUCUGAUAUGGCCAUGUCUGAGACGUCCUAUGCUACCUCGGCUGGUUAUCUGAUGCUGGAAGAUGGAGAGAUGAGGCCGGCCCCUCCACUUAAAGUGCCCCAACGGCCACCUGAGGCAGAAAAGGGGGUAUUUGAAUGUCCAUUUUGUUACAGGAUGAUAUCAGCCAGUUCCCGAGGGGCAUGGAAACGCCAUGUCUUUGGGGACCUCCGUCCGUAUACUUGUCUCUUCUCACGGUGUGCCGAAUCAAAUACCGACUUUGAUCGACGACAUCGGUGGCAAUUCCACGUCUCCCAGUAUCACUGGCGCACAUGGUCUUGCCCAUUCAAGUGCGGAAGCACGCUCCCGUCUGCGGUUGAACUCGGUGAUCACGUUCGCAAUCAGCACCUACUUAACGCGAGCGACGGGCAUCUCGCCACCGUCGUGGCCCGCGGCGAGGUAUCUGUCUCGAAUGAUGUAACUCAAGAAUGCCCUCUUUGCAAACGAGCUAUUUCGGGCUUGAAGUCAUACAUCAAGCAUGUUGGGCGGCACCUGGAACAGUUGGCUCUGCACGCUCUUCCUAAGAUCGGAUGUGAGGGGCUCGAGGAUGACAUCGAGAGUGGCGAACAGAACGAUGAAGCAUCUGAGCUAGGAGCUGUUUCAGUCGAAGAAUCGAGUGAGACGUCUUCCGGAGCCGAUGAGCAGCUAGAAACUGGCGAGAUAGAUAACCAGGUGGAAUCAAGCGGUCCACGUGCUACAACUGUUAGAUACAAUGCUGAAGGCGACGUCACCGCCGCUGGCGAUACUACCAUGCCACCAGCUGCCUCUACUAUCUCGUCUGAUCAGCCUGUAGUCGAGCUAGCUAAGAUAGGAAAACUCGAAGACAUCCCCCUCGACAUCGUACGGACACAAGCUGGUGCUAACCUCGAAGAAGUGGGAAUGAUGACCACAGCUGAGAGGGAGGCAGCCGCGAUGGAGGCUGUUGAGAGGUAUAAGAGACAGGAGCUUGCGAGGAUAAAGGCUGAGAAGGCCAGAAUUGGAAUGGAGGAGACAGAGGAACUUUCAAUUGGUCCCUCCGACGAAGUCGAGUCAGCUUCACAGGAUAAUCGGCCGGUCUACACUCGCAUGUCUCGCAGGCAUCUAUCUCUCGAGACAUUGCGGCAAUACGAUGUCAACUAUGAGUUCGACGCGGACCCUGACUACGUCUUGAUCAGACGAUGGGUGCCCGAGUGGGAACAAGAUCGGAUGUGGAAGCACACUAGAAAUAUCCGCGAGAAACGGGCUGAGACUCUACUCAAUGAGACACCGAUACGAAGUGCUGAGCAUGAGUAUGAGUGGGUGCGCAAGAAAGGCAGGCGACAGAGCAAGUCGCCACCACGUCUCUAUGACCCCAGGGCUAAGCCUUUCCUUUGUAACUAUGAUGGAUGCGAGCACGCUGCUCCUGGAAAUGGAUUUCCUCACCAGCGGAACCUCCAGGACCAUAUAAACCGCAUUCAUAACGACCAUGGCAGCUCUGGUGAUUACGUGAGUUGA